AUGUUGUCUUACAUGGAGAAGUUUAUGAACAAGCACCCCAAUACGAAUGGCGCAAGAGUGUACUCUCUGUUACCAGUGGCUACGACGUUCCAAGCCGCGUACGUCAAACUGAAUGCAUCUACGCUGUACGGUCUCCUCGCUCGUCGUAUUCAUGAUCCUAAAGUUAAGGAUUUUUUGGAGAGCGAGUUGAAUCAUCUACCGUUCAACGCGAGGACUUUCCAGAAGAAUAAAGUUGAAGUACUCCGGAAGAUCUUCGACGUAGAGCAGUUCGAAACGCAGAAUCGCAAGUUUGUGGACGAGAUCAAAACCAACGGCUACGGGGCGUCGGUGACUAUGAUACGCCCAGUGACUACAACUUAA